UUUUUUACAAAAACUUUUUCUGAACAUUUCCGAGUAAAAUGAGCUUAAUUACUGAUAAAAUUAUGCGAAUUUUACGCAAAUGUCAUCCUGAUAAAAAUAAUGAAAAUGAAUCAAAAAUGAGUGUGAUGAAAAAAUCACAAACAGAAAGAGAAAAAUUGGAAGAAAUCAAAAAUAAUGCAGAAAAAUUGCUUGCGGAUAUACAAAGCAAUUAUGUAGGAAGUAUUGAAUAUGCUAAUUUGAAUAAAAUGCUGGCAAUUUGUAAUUUAGAGAUUGGAGAUGAACUCACAGCUGUUCAUCAUUUGAUUGAAUCACAUGCAGUAAUACUUCGACAACACAUUCUACAUAGAUAUCAAAAGUCUAAAUUGUAUGAAUCUCUAAAGGCUAAGCCGCAAAUAUAUGGAUUAAAACCAACACAUGUAAAGUUUGAAACAAAAUUUGCAGAUAAUAAUGAAUCAUCAAAAUCAAAGCUCGCAGAAUUACCAAAGGAAUGGUAUAUGAUUCAAGUUACUGUUCAAUAUGAAUCUUCAAGUAUAUUAAAACAUGAAAAAUGUACAUCUACUGUAAUGCAUGCCAUACAUAUUACAAUAUUGCCCACGGGACCAUCUGAUAUAGAACCUUUGUGCAUAACUUUGCCAAGACCUGCAACACAAGUAUCUUAUGAUAUUUGCAAGGAGAUUAAGAAAUUAUUAAACAAUUACAGAACCGAGUUAAAAGCUACUUAUGAAAAUCGUGCACAAUAUUGGAAGAUGCGUGAAAUUCAAAACAACAAAAUGAAGAUAGCUAUAAAUGGAUUAGAAAAUAUAUGGCUGCGGGAAUGGAGAAUACUAUUUAUGGCUGAUCCCAUUGAAAAUUUAGAAAUUGUAGAUGAUAUGCAUCAAAUGUUGGAUAAAUUGAUAUUAGAUUUCAAACCUUUUGUUGAAAUAUCAAAGCGAUGUAGAUGGCUUCUAAGAAAGAUAUCUACAUGUGCAUGUUUUCUCACACGUGAAGAAAUAGCACGUGCAGUGAAAUUUCUCCUUCCUAAAUAUGAAAAACUUGCAAAUAAUAUUAUUUUGUCUAUUUAUGGAAAGUUAGCAUAUAUACAAAAAUUAAAAAUCGCAAAGCGAAAGACAUUAGUUCUAAUUAUCGACGAGCACAUGGAUUAUAUAGCAUUUGAAGCUAUGGAAAUUAUUAAGAAUCACCCUGUCACUCGUUUCCCAUCUCUACAUGUAGCAUAUGCAUUAUUCAAAGAACAUAAAGAUACUAUAAUAGAUGGUUGUAAAAUAAUUAAAACCACAGAAGAUAUGGGAAUCUGUAUGAUUAAUUCGUCGGGUAAUCUAAGCAAAAUGGAGAAACGCAUAAAGCUUUUUAUGGACUUUUGGCUACCACAAUGGAAACUGCACAACACAGAACUUAAUGAAGAAAUUUUCGAGGAAGCGCUAAUAAAUCACGAUGUUUUAAUGUAUACUGGUCAUGGGAGUGGCGUAGAAUAUUUACCUGGAGAAAAUAUUGAAAAAAUGAAAGUGAGAUCUACUGUUUUAUUAUUUGGAUGUAGUAGUGUGAAAUUACUUACGAUAGGCGGAAGAUAUCCACCUUUUGGUGUUUCGAAUCAGUAUUUAAUAGCAUGCAGUCCUUGUCUCCUAGGUAUGUUGUGGGAAGUAACAGAUGUUGAUAUUGACAAAAUGACUGCACACUUUAUAAGUAAUUGGAUUCCUUCAUCGUCCGAGAGAUCGUGGACAGAGGUAGACAUAGAUAGUUGGACUUCUGGUACUUUAAAAUUCACAAAGAAAACAGAAAACGAUAAAACGGAAAUGGAGCCAGAAAUGUUGCGAGCAGUGGCAAAAUCUAAAAAUACUUGCUCUCAUUAUAUGACAUCAGCUGCAAUAGUAGUACGAGGCUUACCAAUAAAAAUAGUUUAAAAGUUUUCCUAAUAUGCAAGUACAUUUCUUUUUUUAUAUUGAUAU